AUGGAAAAACACAAUACAACAAGUGAUUUUUUAAGCAAUUUACCAAAAGAAAUUCUUGGUCACAUAGUUUCUUUUCUCCCAAAUGAAUCAUCAAUGGAAACCAUCCUCAUUUCAACAAAGUGGAGAGACUUAUGGAAUGAAGCCAUUGUUAGACAUGGAACAAAACAAGACAUCACUAAUAUUCUUGCCAAAUUUCUCACAAGUUUUGAUGAUUUUGAUCCAUUGAAACAUCCAAGAAAGCUUCAACUCCACUAUGAUCAAGAUCAUGUAUUAUUAGCUACUAUUGCUAAUAGUACUAAGCUUCUACUAGAUUUCAACUUCUCUCCUUUGAAGAAAGAGUUCAUCAUUGAAAAUAUUCAAAAACAUUAUGAACUUCAAUUCAAACUCAAUGAGGAAAAAAAUAUAACCUACAACAAUAUUUUCUCACUCAAAACUCUUUACUUGAAAUCAAUAAGCUAUUUAACUAGUGAAGUAGCUUCAUCUAUUGUUUCAAGGUUGGAUCAUCUUGAGAAUUUGGUGAUCGUUUCAUGUAAUGGAUUGAAAUCUUUGAGUAUUGACUCUAACUUUGAGCUUCACAAGUUAACAAUUUUGGAUUGCUUGGAGUUGAAGUCUCUUCAUCUUAAAACUUCUAAACUCAAAUCAUUUCAAUAUAGAGGAUCACUUCCUUGGAUUAUGCCUGAAUUUCAUUUCAAUCUUUGUGAUGCUAUUCUUGAUUUUAGAUUAGGACCAAGUUGUGGAAGAAUUGUGAGUAAGGAUUUUGAUGCAACUUUGUUGACAAUAAAGAAUUCUCAAGCUCUUACACUUUGUAGAUGGACUUUUGAGGAAUUAAUAUGGCCAUCAAUUUCUCCUCCAUAUGGAUGCUUUAAUUUCUACAAUUUAAGAGAGUUAUGUUGGGUUGAUAGCUAUUACAAAGAUGAAUAUUUCAUGGAUGGAUUAUUCUCCUUCUUGAAACUAUGUCCUUCCUUAGAGCAACUUUUUGUGACGAUUGAUGAUGAAAGUUAUUCAGCUGGAAGAUCCAAUUCAUUCUCAAUGCAAGCAACUAAAUGCACAAAAUUGGAGCAUUUAAAAGUGAUAAAGUUUAAGGGGUUUACAUGUAGAAAAGAUGAAAUUUCAUUGGCAAAAUGUUUGGUUCAACUAAUCAAGGGAAAGGUUCCAAAGAUAAAUACAUCAGAUGGGAGUUGUUUGGAUUUAGAGUUUGUUUAG